GCGUACUUCUUUUAUUUUCACAGUUUCUCGUCCGAUUUAAUCAGGUGUCGGCGUUUGAGAUCUCGUGUCCCUCUCCGGUUGUCACCACAUUCCCCGCAACCAUGUCUGGUCUUUCAUUGAUCGAUUCCGUCAUCGACGACGAUGACGAGUUCUGCCCCCUGUGCAUUGAAGAGUUCGAUCUUUCCGAUAAGAAUUUUAAACCGUGUCCUUGUGGAUACCAGAUUUGCCAAUUCUGCUACAAUAAUAUCAAAACGCAAAAUGAAGAAGGACGAUGCCCCAACUGUCGGCGCGGAUAUGAUGAAAGUACCAUCGAGUACAAGAUUCCUGACGUUGAGGAGUUCAAGGCAGACUUGGCACUGAAACACCGUAAGGCGGCGGCUGCGAAAAAGAAGGAAGCCGAAAAGCGUGAAAUCGAGGCCUCCAGUCGGAAGAACUUAGCCGGUGUCCGCGUGGUCCAAAAGAACUUGGUCUACGUUAUCGGCCUCAACCCUACGAUCCGAGACGAAAAUCAACUCCUUCAAACGCUCCGUGGACGGGAAUAUUUCGGUCAAUAUGGCGAGAUUGAGAAGAUCGUGGUCAGCAAGGCUAAGCCCGGCGGUAACCCCAACCAGGGAAUUGGUGUUUACGUGACUUUCUCGCGCAAAGCCGAUGCUGCGAUGUGCAUCAACGCCGUGGACGGUUCUGGAAAUGGCGAUCGAGUGCUCAGGGCGCAAUACGGAACAACCAAAUAUUGCUCCUCCUUCCUUCGCAAUGAACAGUGCAAUAAUCGGAACUGCACUUUCUUGCACGAGACUGGGGAGGACAGCGACAGUUACAGCCGCCAGGAUCUCUCAUCUAUGAACACGAUUUCCACCCAACGCCCAAAUAUCCCACCUACUCCCUCUCACGUGAGGUCCGCUCAACCCAUCGCCCAUCCCAUGCGCCGGCAACCGAGCAAGGAUGACUCGAUCAGUAGUCGCACCGGCGUACCAGAUGGCCCGGCUCUGCCAUCAACCGCCAGUUGGGCUAACAAAGAUGUUGCUAUUCAGCGAACCAGGAGGACUAGUCUUACUGGCAGUCAAGCCUCCAUUAAUAGCCCACGACCAGCUAGUGUCAAUGUGGCGACCCCAGUUGAAGAACCGAAGCGAGCAGAGAAGCCAUCUCCGAUUUCCCAAGAAGCCCCACAAUCAACUUCCCAGGUUGAUCCUCAAUCCCCCGCCCCGCAACCACGCCCUCGCCGUGCGCCUCAACCCCCGAAGCUGCCAUCACCCUUUGACACUUUGCUCAAGGAUAUCAACUCUCCGGAUUUCAAGUUUUCCUUUAGCACGGCCGAAUUGAGUGCGGAAGAGGUGAAGUUAAUCAAGGAUUACCCGUCUUUCAUUGACCCAUAUGGCGGCGUCAAGCGCAGAGCAAUGCGCGAGAAAGUCGAACAGGAGCGUCUGAGCCGCGAGCACGAGUUGCUCCAGUCUGUUGCAGCCGAGGAGGAUAGCCGUGAAGCUGGUAGCCUCCAGCUAGGUGGUGAGCCAGAGGAAGCCAAUCCUCCGCGCAAUCGCCAGACCCGGGAGUCUCACGGUGCUAUUCAGCCGCCUUCGCAACAGGACACUGCGGACAACUCAACUGUUGGAUCUCCUGUCUCUGCCACUAGCCAUCAAUUCCAAGGCUUGAACCUCGCUGGACGAAGCUUAACUCCCUUGCAGCAACAACAGUUGAUGCUACUUAAGUCCGCCGGCAAUCAACAAGCUGGUCUGGCUGAUCCCCUCAGCUCUGCCGCUCUGGACCAAGCUGCCCAAGUCCGCCAAGGCCUUGUGCAGAACCAGAUGGCACAGUUCAAUGCGCUGCAGGCAGCACAGAACCGACAGUCUUCCAGAUUCUCCUUUGCAAAUGAGGUCGGCUCUAAGAAUAUGCCCAACGCACGCAUGCUGGUCUUGCAGCAAGCGGUUUCUAUGCCAGUGGUGUGCAGGGGCCCCCCGCCGGGAUUGAAGACGGCCGGUACCCCUCCCAUUAGUGGUGGUGGAAUGUUCGCACAAGGACAUGGUUUCACCUCUGGGCUUGGUGGUAAUGGAGGAAAGCAAGAUCCGACUCCCGAGUUAAUGCGCGAACUACUACGUGGACGAACUGGUACGAAUGUUGGUGGUUUACAGGGCCAAGAGGCAGCUAAGCGUGAGUUCAUGUUCCCUUUUCUUCAACAGCACAAUACCCCGCCCCCCAUGACUCCUGUCAAUGGCCUUCUCAGCUCCUUCUAUGGGCCCCAAACGGGUGUAAUGCCUGAUUCCGGCCCACAGAAGCAGAAGAAGAAGGGGAAGAAGCACAGACACGCUAACACUUCCUCCGGUGGAGGUGGUGUAGUAGAUCUUGCGGACCCGAGCAUUUUGCAGGCGAGAAUGCAUCAAGUCGGUGCGAAUGCUACUGCUGGGCAGGCGUUGUACGGGAGUCAGGGUCAAGGUGGGUACAACCCCUCGAUGGUGUAUGGUGGUGGCAUCAUAAAUGAGGACUUCCCCCCUCUUGGAGAUCAAUCCAAAGAUCGACGACCUGUUGACAGCUUUGGCUUUUUGAAGUCUCAGUUGCCUGGCGAGUCAGCCGCUCGUGCUGGAACUCCAACUCUGCCACCUGGACUGCCUUUACCCCAUGCUCAUCCCUCCUCUUCUGUCUUUCAGGAACACAACUCCUCUAAACCUUCGUCUCCUGCCCCGGUUCUCCCACCUGGAUUGACGCCUAGUAUUUCGCGACUGAACAGCCCAUCGCAGAGCCGUAUUGGCAGCCCCUCUCGUCUUUUAAGUCCUGAGCUCACCGUGGGUGGACCCUUGACAUCAAGCCGCGUGAAGGACGCCUCUCAAAUCUCCUUUGGAUCGCCCGUGCAAAAGCCCGCGAGCAAGGCUCGUACCCAACGCAAGAGCGAGUUCAACAUUGGAGCUGAUUUCAAAGACUCCCCUGCAAAGGCUACACACCAGAUGCAGCCGAGUUCUGCCACUACGAAAGGAAGCCCACUCGAUUUUGGCUCCCCGCUACCCCUAUCCGCCAAGACUGAGCAGGUUCCACCUCCUGGCUCUGUCUCUGCGAUCGGGUCGCGACCUGACACACCGCAAACCAUCGCAUCCCGCCUUUCUGACUCCCCUGCUACUCGCCAGCCUCGUAUUCUGCGUGUAGUAGAAACCCCGAAGCCAGAAACUCCUCCCAUUGUCACCGCACCCUCUGUGCCCGCUUCUGUCGCUGGAGGUACCAAGUCCCGCUCUAGAAGACAGAGUAUCUCGUCAACCAGCGUCCCUGACACUCCUGCUGAUAUGGGAUGGGAAGCUGAUUACUAUCCUUCCACCUCUGCUUCUCGUGCCAAUUCCCCUCCUGCUUCUACUCGUAUCGGCUCCGCCCCCGUUCGCUCCAUGACCAAGAGCCAGGUCAAGAAGGAGCGGAAGCAGAAGGCAAAGGAGGCCGAAGCUAAGAAGGUCGAAACUGCGCCUGUGAAUGAGGAGCCUGUUCAAGCGCCUAUCAUGGGGCGAAAGCGCAAGACCAAGAAGGCCCCCACAGCCACCGUGAGCACAGCCGAUGCACCCGCUGCUAGUGCCCCAGAAAAAGCGAGCCCUGUGAAACCCGCGAGUGUUUCUCCAGUCAAGGCCGAACCCAAGGUAGAUACUACCGCAAAGAAAGUCAAAGCCAAGGAGAUUAAGCCUGUCAGGGAGCCUACUCCUCCCCCUGUUGAAGAGCCACCUGUUCAGAAGGAAAUCCCCGUAGAGCCAUGGCGUUCAAACAAUACAGUGGGACAGUUAGUCAAGGACUCCGAGGCUCUCGGAAGGGCAAUCAAGGAUCUUUUCGUUGAACGAACUAAGCCUCUUCAUGAGUUGCUCGCUGAGAUGCACAAGUCCGGCGAACUUGAUCUCAACAAAAGUUCCCUCUUCAACCCUCCCAACCUCAGCCAGCGCACCGACAUGAAGUGCACUGCGGAGGAUUACGAUUAUCUCCAGUGUCCCAACGAGUUGACCGAGGAGGAUCGGAAAACUCUGCUUCGUGGAGAGCCUCCAGAAGAGGAGGAGCGGUACCUUGAGCUGGAGAAGAACAUGGCCGGUAUCACGGAUCCUUUCAUGACUGGAGACGAUGCAAGCAAUCCCAGUGGAGGCCUGGAAGCACUUUUCGCGAACCCAGAAAAGUUCAACAUCUGCUGGGUUGACGACAUGCCCACUCGCCUGGGUGCCACUUCCCCAUCCUCUUCUCUUGAGGCGGCGGAAUCCGUGAUCCCACCUAAUGUCCUCUCGGCCAUGGAGGCAGACAGCACCCGCAACCAUGACUGGGCCGUCGCCAACUCGGCAGAAUUUCUCAACACCACCCCUGCUGCUGUUCGCUCCUUUGCUGCAGUUACCGCGCAGCAUAUGCUGGGCAAUCCGGGCAUGGUCGGUACCAACCCAACCCUCGACGACGUUGCCGGCUUGACCAACGAGGAGCUGAAGGAUCUCUCCGGUCGUUCUCAGAAGGACCUCGAGCUCACCCGGAAAGAAAUGGAUUCGCUGGACAAGAAGUUUGCAGCUUUGCUUCGACGCAACAAGAAGCUUCAGCAGCAGGCAUUGAACUUUGCUGCUGGGUCGGAGCUGUAA